AAGCAGUUUCAGAUCUUCAAUGCUCAUCAGCACUUGCACCUUCCAGAGGUUCUAAAAGACCUUGGCCACUUGUGGUCAAACUCAUGCUUUCCAUUUGAGGACUACAGUGGGGAUUUAUUCAGAGAGUUAUUCCAUGGAACAAAGAAUGUGGAUGGCCAGGUUUGUUCCUGUAUCAUGUACACGUAAUGAACUUUUUAUCCUGUUAAGUACCAAUCAGAUUAUUAUUAUCAUGGUCAACGAAGAUCAGAUGAUGCUGAAAUGUUAACAUGUCCUGAAAAUAUGUAAAACUGUCAAAACAAUAUUUUGAUGACAUAAACUUCUUGCUUUUGGCAUAGCUAUUGAUAUAUGACUCAAAUGAUGUUUGAUACAAUUUUGCAAUGUUUCAGAUUGUCACAGCAGUGUCAAUAAUCCAGAAGUUGCCUGAGAUAGCCAGAUCUACAACCCCAAGCAUUUUAUGA